GCGGGGUGGGGCGGGAUGGGAUGUGUGUGUUGGGAGUGAGGGAGGUGGUGAAAACCUAGUGGGCCGAGGUUGUAGCAGCAGCAGCCGCCGCCGCCGCAGCAGCAGCCGCAGCAGCGAGAGCUGAAACAGCUGCCGGCGCCACAGCUGGAGGAGCGUAGUGCCUGGGAUUGGAAGAGGAAGCAUAUGAACCAAUAUAUGAAGAUUGUGACGAAGCAGUUGGGGCAUAAUUUUGAAUAGUGUUCCGGCCACACUUGCUUUGUAGAGUGCUUGAAAUGAACUUCUCUCAUCUCUUGAUAUUGGCUUGGAGCCCCUAGAACUGGACUACGUUGACUUCAAAACAAGAAGAAAUAAUACAGGUCGUCAUUGUCAUCAAAAAUAUAUGAACAGUUAGUUGUGAUGGUGAAAUGAGAUGAGGCUCCGAAAUGGAACUGUGACAACUGUAUUAGUUUUUAUCACUUCGUUCCUCAGUUUGUCUUGGUAUAUUUCAUGGCAAAAUGGAAAAGAAAAAUUGAUUGCAUAUCAGCCAGAAUUUCAUGCCUUGAAGCAGCGUCUCCGUAUAGCUGAACAUAGAAUUUUGCAACGUUCUUCUGAACUAAAUGCAAUCUUAGAACAAUUCAGACGUGUAAUAGCAGAAACAAAUGGAACCAAGGCUGCAUCUAGUAAUUUUUCAGAUAAUACCUUAAAACUAUUAAAAGACUUAAUGAACAGAAAAUCUCUUCAAGUGCCAAAUAUUUAUUACCAUAUGCCUCAUUUAUUGGACAAUGAAGGAAGUCUUCAACCUGCUGUGCAGAUUGGUUUUGGAAGAGCAAGAGUUUCAAUAGUAAUGGGAAUUCCCACAGUGAAGAGAAAAGUAAAGUCUUAUCUUGUAGAAACUCUUCAUUCUCUUAUUGAUAAAUUAUCUCCUGAAGAGAUGUUGGACUGUAUUAUAGUAGUUUACAUAGGAGAGACGGAUCUAGAUUACGUCCACAGCGUUGUAGCCAUUCUGGAGAAAGAAUUUUCUACGGAAAUCAAUUCUGGUUUGAUGGAAAUAAUAUCCCCUCCUGCAACUUAUUAUCCUGACUUCACAAAUUUAAAGAAGACAUUUGGAGACUCAAAAGAAAGAGUAAAGUGGAGGACAAAGCAAAACUUGGAUUAUUGUUUUCUUAUGAUGUAUGCUCAGGAAAAAGGCAUUUAUUACAUUCAGCUUGAAGAUGACAUUGUUGUUAAGCAGAAUUACUUCAGUACAAUAAAGAAUUUUGCACUUCAGGUCUCUUCUGAAGACUGGAUGAUUUUGGAGUUUUCCCAGCUUGGUUUCAUUGGUAAAAUGUUUCAAGCUUCAGAUAUCACUUUGAUUGUAGAGUUCAUAUUUAUGUUUUACAAGGAGAAACCUAUUGAUUGGCUCUUAGACCAUAUACUCUGGGUGAAAGUCUGCAAUCCUGAAAAAGAUGCAAAACAUUGUGAUAGGCAAAAAUCAAAUCUACGAAUUCGAUUCAGGCCUUCCCUUUUCCAGCACGUUGGUUUGCAUUCAUCACUAGAAGGAAAAAUUCAGAAACUCACGGAUAAAGAUUUUCUGAAGCCAUUACUUCACACAAUGCAUGUAAACCCACCUGCAGAAGUAUCUACUUCUCUGAAGGUCUAUCAAGGACAUACACUGGAAAAAACUUACAUGGGAGAGGAUUUCUUCUGGGCUGUUACCCCAAUUGCUGGGGACUACAUAUUAUUUAAAUUUGAUAAGCCAGUUGAUGUGGAAAGCUACUUGUUCCAGAGUGGCAAUCCAGAACAUCCAGGAGAUAUACUGAUAAAUACAACUGUGGAAGUUUUGCCUUUUAAGGGUGAAGAGUUGGAAAUAAGCAAAGAAACAAAAGAUAAUCAAUUAGAAGAUGGUUAUGUCAGAAUAGGAAAAUUUGAAGGUGGUGUGGCAGAAGGGAUGGUGGAUCCCAAUCUAAACCCCAUUUCAGCUUUCCGUCUUUCAGUUACACAGAAUUCUGCUGUUUGGGCUGUUCUUAAUGAGAUUCAUAUUAAAAAGAUUCCAAUCUGACUGAGCUCUCUAGGAAUCAAGAUCAUUUCAGACAAACGAUCUCAAAGGGACUUUUAAGCUCUGAAAUUGAUUCUAUGUAAGAUUGUUCUUUAAGAAAAAAAUUCAAGACAAUGAAGCAUGUUUCUAUUCUCUUUUGUAUUUCACUUGAACACUACCUCUUGUGAAAUCUACUGUAGAUAAGAUUGUAUUAAGCCUUUUUGUCAGAUCAAUUCAGAAAAUUACUCUCCCAUCCAUAAUAUUUACAUGAAGCUUAAGUCUUUUAUUUGAACAUCAUUUGUACAUUUUACAAUCACAUUGUGUUAGUAUUGUCUUGUAUUAUUUUGGAAUUCUCCUAAAUACAUAAGAGGUGUACAUAUUGUUACAUUCCUUCAGUAGAAGAAUGUUAAAUACAUUUUAUGAAGGGGGUACUUUUGAAUUUCAUUUUACUAUUGCAUAACCCCCUUUUAUAGAUUAUCAGGGAUAUAUGUAUAAAUAUAAAUAUAAAUAUACAGAAAACCAUUAAGUUAAUUUAUUGAAAUUAUUUGAGGAGUAAAUAUUUUGGUGCAUAAACUUUGAAUUACUUUUUAAAAACAGGUUACACCUUGUUUUUUUAAGUUUUAUGUAUUUUUCUUUGAAAAUGAAAACAUUUCAAAUGGCAAAUGUCUUUUCAAAUGUACUGCCAGUAUAAUACAAUUCCAGAUGGAUUUCCUUAAUGAAGUACUUUUGUAUCCUAAAGGAUCUGAAAUAGUGUAUUUUCAAAGGCAUUAUCAUUCCUUAAAUCCCCUUGCUUUGAAGAUCAGUUUCUGUGUUGGCUGUCACACUGUACUAUGUACAGGGAUAAGGCCAUAUACAAAGCAGUUUGAUAAAUUUUAGCAUACAAAUGUGAUACAUUAAAAAUAAAACGACAGGCUUAAUGUUUCUCUGUUAUGCACUGACAUAACAAGUUGUAUUUUAUUUUUGUCUCGUCCUUGUAAUCAAUUCAGUAUUCCUUUUGUUAAAUAUUACCUAGAUAUACAUUCAUGUUUUGUAAGGUUGGACAAAUUUUUUUUGUAUUGCAUAUCAUUUUUUCCCCUAGGAAAUGUUACUUACCAAUUUAAAGAUAAAUAAUGUGACAGAUUUUUAGUGAAAGGUACUGUUGUAGCUAUGUUGUAUUUUUCCAUUGAUUUAAUUUGGAAUUUAAAAUUAUAAACCUAGUCCAAUAAUAGCAUUGCAUAAUUGAUUUACAUGUAAUUCCAAAUAUACUGUUUAGUAUAGAUUUUUAUUUUUUAAUUAACUUCAGAAAAUCUCUUUGUAAAGCUUUUGCUUUUAUUAAAGAAGCUAAAAGUCUAAGGAUGAUUUGCAUCUAAAGAUGCAAAUACUUUAAUUCAUUUCAUAUUUCCUUGCUAAAAAUAAUUUUCCUAAUUGAUUUUAUUUUUUAAAGAUACUAAUGUCCAACUUCAGCUUAAAUUUUGUCUUUGAUCAGUUUGACCAAAAUUCCUAAAGUAGAUGAUUUUUUUUUGGGGGGUGGGGGUGGGGGGAGAGGAGUUCAUACAUUUAUGGCAUAUGAGGAAUCUUAUUUGGCUGUUAACAGCAGUUCAUGGAAUCGUUCCAAGAGCUCCUUCAAUAUGGCCUUCACCAGCCAAA